UCACAUCUCUCACUAUCUUCUCUUCUAGUCCAUGGCACCGCCACAUCAAUAAAAACAAAGCUUUUAAGCGAGGUGUUGAGAGAAUGGAGCACUUUGUGGUCCUCAUUCGCCACAAAUACUCUCUCUCUCACACACACACACUUUUUCACCUUUAUUUCCUCUGGUUCAUCACCCUCAAACUUACCUUCCAACUUGCAACUCUUUCAGUUCUCACCCUUCAUGGACAAGGUGAAGAGGGAGGGCAUGGAAGAUUGUGUUCACAGCCAAAAUGGGUACUUGGAGUUGGAGGAGGACAAGAAGAAGAAAGGGGUGUUGGCGAUGGGUAGGAAGAAAGGGUCUGCAAGUGCUGGUGGUGGUAGUAGUGGCAAUAGCAUGCGCUGUUGUCAAGCUGAGAAGUGCAACGUUGAUCUUCAUGAUGCUAAGCAGUACCACAGAAGACACAAGGUGUGUGAAUAUCAUGCCAAGGCUCAAGUGGUGAUUGUGGCUGGCAUCAGACAACGCUUUUGUCAGCAAUGUAGCAGGUUCCACGAAUUAGCUGAAUUUGAUGACAAAAAAAGAAGUUGCCGCAGGCGUUUGGCUGGACACAAUGAGCGGCGGAGAAAGAACUCUGAUCAGUCUCAAACAGAAGGCUCAAACCUUCAAGGGACAAGCCCUCAUUUGAAGGACAUUGCUUGUGGACAUGCUAAUGACAGGGGAAGAAUUCACAUCACAAAUCAAGAAAAUGAUGCCUACAAACAUUUUCAGAUAAGAUGAGUUCUGUUUUCAUAUCAACUUUGCUCUCUCUCUUCUGUCAUCCUGGAGAUGUUUUAGUUCAACUCUUCCUGUGUCACAUUCAUGUUGAAGAAUGAUAUGCAUUUAAAUAAAUAAUUUUUUCAUAAUAACAAAAGAAAAACUAACCUAAGAAAUAUAGUGACAUUCAUUUCAAGGUGUCGC